AUAGGCGGGGCACCCCCGUCGCGCUUGCGCAAACACGGUUGUCGGAAAGUGGCGAGCCUGAGGUGAACGAUGGCGGAGCUGGGUGAAGCCGAUGAAGCUGAGUUGCAGCGCCUGGUGGCCGCCGAACAGCAGAAGGCGCAGUUUACUGCACAGGUGCAUCACUUCAUGGAGUUAUGUUGGGAUAAAUGUGUGGAGAAGCCAGGGAAUCGCCUAGACUCUCGCACUGAAAAUUGUCUCUCCAGCUGUGUAGACCGCUUCAUUGACACCACUCUUGCCAUCACCAGUCGGUUUGCCCAGAUUGUACAGAAAGGAGGGCAGUAGGCCAUCCCCCAGGAGAAUGACAGAAGCAAAGGACUUGUUAUUAAGCAGACUUAAGGGCCUGUGGGGGAAGGCUGUCAACCCAUUGUCAAGAUCAGCAUCAGGCUGUUAUCAAGUCUGUUGGUGCUAAAAAGUAAAAGAUGAAAUGUUCAAAGAGUGAAAUUUAUUUAUUUGGAAUUCAGAAAUUCCAGGUUGUUAUCACAUCAGUUACUCAAUAAGUGUGAAUUCUCCAACUCUUCUUUUAAUCCCAUUUUAGAAUUUAAUAUAGAGAUCUCUGAUUGGCAGGAACACUAGAAAUAAAUGUUCCAUGGCCAGUAGUGCAAAUGGGGGAUUGUAGGUUUUUGCAAAACCACCCUAAGCCAUAUUAAGGGGGUUGGAAGAACCAUCAAAGCCUAAGGCAUAGAAGAAAGUUUGGGGUUAAGAAAGGUGAAGAACAAAAAACAGCUUUAUUGCUUAUACAUGACCAAGAAAAGGUAAACAUGGC